UGUGGGGUUUUUUUUUUUUUUCUCUGUUAUUUUUAUGCUGAACUUGGAAUCAUGGCGCCAAUCUUCUUGAUUGAAUGCUGAUUUCACUAGGUUAGAUUUCACUACUUGAAAUCAGACUAGUGAAGAGAGGUCUAAUAAUUGCCGUUGGUUUGCUUCGAGAUUGAUGAUUUUCUGGAGGAUUUCUUUGAAGGCUUCAGAUCCAUGAAGCAGGUUGUGUUUGUGCCCGGAGUGAGGGGUGCACUUGGUGAUGGAUGCUAUGGUGGACGAUGAUGGGAGUGUUAGAUCGGAUAGAUCAGAUCAAUCAAAGAAUGAGAAGAUCGUUAUGGAGCCGUUCAUGGGGAUGAAGGUGCGGGGAAGGGCAUCGCUUCACCGGGACUGCGAGGGAGAUUAUUUGGAUGUGCCUUCUGAUCCCCAUCUAAUGAAGAUCCUAUCAAAACAAGGUGAUGACAAGGUUCUGUUUGCGGACAGGGUUCUAAAGUUUACUGGAUCAGGAAAGAUGAAGCAGCGUAUCUUGUUAAUUACGGACUUUGCCAUUUACAUUAUUGACCCAGAUUCUGAUUUGUUAAAACGACGCAUUGCACUUGCAGCUGUCGAUAAGUUAUGCUUGAGCAAGUUGAGUGAUAAUUUUUUUGCAAUCAUUGUUCCAAGCGAGUAUGAUUGCCUAAUGGCCAGCACUCGGAAGACAGAAAUUGUUAGUGUGCUAGUUGAUGCUACCAGAAGCACAUCUGAAUAUGAACUUGAGGUGGAUUUCUCAAACAGGUUUGAAUACCAUGCUGCUGCUGAUUCAGUGAAAGAAGUUGAAUUUGUCGAAGUUGAAGGAGGAAUCAGAACAAGAAUUUCAAAGAAGGAAAGUCCUCAAGAUUGACUGCCAUUUGACAACCAGACAUGAACCAUCUGGCGAUUUUCUCUGAUUGUUAAUCAACAUAUGGUACCGCCCAUUCCUUUGUUUAUAUUAUAUAUCAUUUGAAAUGAUUCUUUUGAAACCUCAUCAGUUAACAUAUUUUGUAAUACCACCUUUUGC